AUGGCAGAUCUGGACCAUGCCCAGACGAGCCAUCGCGCCUCAACCCAAGAUGACCACUUCAAAGAAGCCGAAACCAACUCACAAGAUGCCGAACAUUGCAACGGCAACGACGACGAUACCAGGCCAGACGCAAUACGGAUGCGGCAGAUCUAUCGAAAGCUGGAUAUGAGGAUCAUACCUCCCUUCUGGCUUCUCUACUUUCUCUGCUCCGCCGUCCGCUCCAAUGUCGGCCUGGCUCAGACGAUGAAUACGUCUUCCGGCCAUGAUCUAGGGACGUACCUCGACAUCACUCCUCAUCAGGUCUCGACAGGUCUGGCGUUGUUCUACGUGACUUACGUCGUGCUCGAAGUUCCUAGUAAUCUGGCGAUGAGCAAACUCUCACCUUCCGUGUGGUUAGCCCGGAUUGUGAUCAGCGUGGGAAUCAUCGGCACUGCCAUGGUCGGGAUGCGCAAUGCCGCUGGCUACUAUGUCCUCCGCCUGCUCCUAGGCGCGGUGGAAGCAGGAAUGUGGCCGGGCAUGAGUCUCUUCUUAACACUAUUCUACCCACCACACCGCAUGGCAAAACGAGUCGGGUGGUACUUCACCGCAUCCCAGGUCUCAGCGGCGGUGGUAGGGCUCGUCAGCGCCGGUUUCCAGAAAAUGGACGGUGACGGAGGCCUUAUCGCAUUCCAGUGGAUGUUCCUACUGUGGGGGCUAGUUACCUUACUCGUAGGCUUCAGCCUCAUCUGGUGGCUACCAGACCGACCACUCAUACCCGGCGAGUCGCCAAAGCGCAGCUGGACAAACAAAUUCCUACCCACCCCCAACCCCGCCCUAACCGGAGACGACGCAAUCCUCCAUUACAAAGACCUAAAAUCAGCCUACCACAACUCCGACUGGAACUUGCGUGAUCUCUGGAACGUCCUCAUCGACUGGCGCUUCUGGCCCUUGCUCAUCAUGUACUUCGGCGUCGUGGGAGUCGGAAACGGCGUCCAAAGCUACGGUACCGUAAUCCUCAAAGCCGUUAACCCUUCCUUCAGCGGCGUCGAGCUGAGCCUCCUUUACGCCCCCAUUUGGAUCUGCGACUUGAUCGGAAUCCUCUGCAUCACGCCCAUCAGCGACCACUUCCACAGACAUCGCGCACUAUGGUUCAGCAUCCCCACAGCCCUCCAAAUCGCCGGGCUCCUCAUCUCUCCCUACGCAGGCGACUCGACCUCAGCCAAAUGGGGACGGUACGUAGGCCUCUUGAUCGUGGGCUUUGGGUUAGGACCUACCGUCCCCAUCACUAUGACCUGGACAGCAGAGAUUUUUCAGCCAAGGCAUGGAGAGAUCGGCGUGGCGGCGGCGUGCGCGUUGGUGUCGGGACUGGGGAAUUUGGGGAGUGUGGUGACGAAUUACGCCCUGUUCUCAGGCUGGCCGGAGGAUGCGGAGAGGAGUCCUGUGUAUGUUGGGAGCAAUUGGGUGAUGAUUGCGAUUUUGCUUGCGAGUAUUGCGGCGAGUGGAGCUAUGACGCUGUUGUUGACGGUGACGGGGCGGAAAAGUCGAGCGGCGUAG